CCAACACCGUGGUGACAUCACCCUUCUGUAGCCCUCUAGUUUAAAGGUCCAGUUUAGCUAGCUGACUGAAAAAUACCAAAUUUUUGGUUGAAAUAAUGGAUAAAACUACAACGCGAUACAACAUACAGCUGUACAUUUAUGAUUUAUCGAGAGGAAUGGCUCGCAGCCUCAGUCCCAUUAUGUUAGGUAAACAGCUGGAUGGUAUAUGGCACACCGCCAUAGUGGCAUACGGCGAUGAAUUCUUCUUUGGAGGAGAGGGGAUCUCCAGCUGUUCACCGGGUGGGACGAUGCUGGGGCCUCCGGACAACGUGGUGGAGCUGGGUGAGACUGAAGUGACAGAGGAGAUCUUUAUGGAUUACCUCUCAUCUCUUGGAGCAACCUCAUACAGAGGUGACAAGUAUCGUCUGUUUGAGCACAACUGCAACACUUUCACCAACGAAGUGGCCCAGUUCCUUACCGGCAGGACUAUACCCUCCUACAUCACCGACCUGCCGUCUGAAGUCCUCUCCACACCGUUCGGCCAGAUCCUGCGACCGAUCCUCGACUCGAUCCACAUCGCCCCUCCAGGAGGGAACGUCAUCAACGGAGGAAGGAACAUCUGAUCAGAACAAACGCUCUCCAGGGCGCUUUCACCUUAGUCAGUAAACAGGAAGUCUCAUCUUCA